CAUGGCGCUGUCGAUGUUCGAGCAGGCCUCCUCCCUGCUGCUGGGACUCUUCGACUACAACCGGGAGAACUUCAGUUUUGACCGGCGACAGCGGCAGAUCAUGGAGUACCAGCUCCUGGACAAGCGCAUCGAGCAGGGCGACCUUUGGCGCGAGGACGUCCGGGGCUCGCUCGGGCUGGUGCCCGAGAAGAUGGAUGUAUACCUCACAGUGAUCGCGCUGGAGCUGACCCUGGUCGGCGUGGCGCUCUGCAAGGGGCGCAUGCCCUUCGGCGCGCCCACCUGGCUGGUGGCCUGCCACACGCUGUCCAUACUCACGGCCACCAUGGGCCCGACGCGCGAACCCCGCGGCGCGCUUGGCGGAUCUGUUCAUGGCCAUGUGGUUCGGCCUGCACGCGUUCGUGGCCGCCCAGGCGUACAAG